AGGCCUACGUCCGCCUCAGGUAAACCAGUGAAGCUGAGCCCUCGGGCAGAGGAGGUGGGCCUGUUCUUUGCCCAGAUGCUGGACCACGAAUACACUACAAAAGAGGUGUUUCGGAGCAACUUCUUCAGGGACUGGAGGAAGGAAAUGAACUUGGAGGAGAGGACACUGAUUGCUGAUCUCAACAAGUGUGACUUUGGAGAGCUCCAUGCAAUGCACAAGAGUAAGGUGGAAGCUCGGAAGAACAUGACCAAAGAGGAAAAACAGGUGAUCAAGGACGCCAAUCAGAAGAUUGUGGACGAGUUUGGUUUCUGCUUGCUGGACCACCAUAAGGAACGCAUCGGCAACUUCAAGAUUGAGCCGCCAGGUCUGUUCCGUGGCCGCGGCGAGCACCCCAAGAUGGGCAUGCUCAAGAAGAGGAUCCAGCCGGAGGAUGUCAUCAUCAACUGCAGCAAGGACUCCCGUAUCCCAGAACCACCCGCAGGCCAUCGGUGGAAGGAGGUUCGCCAUGACAACACGGUGACCUGGCUGGUCAGCUGGACUGAGAAUGUCCAGGGAUCGGUCAAAUACAUCAUGCUCAACGCUAACUCCAAGCUGAAGGGUGAGAAGGACUGGGAGAAGUAUGAGGUGGCUCGUCAGCUGAAGAGCCGUGUGGGCCAGAUCCGGUCUCAGUACCUGGAGGAUCUCAAGUCCAAACAGAUGGUCACUCGCCAGAGAGCCGUGGCCCUCUACUUCAUCGACAAGCUGGCUCUGAGAGCGGGUAAUGAGAAGGAGGAGGGCGAGUCGGCCGACACCGUGGGCUGCUGCUCGCUGCGUGUGGAGCACAUCACCCUCCACGACACACUGGCUGGAGAGAGCUGCGUGGUGGAGUUUGACUUCCUGGGUAAAGACAGCAUCCGCUACUACAACAAGGUCCCGGUUAGCAAACGGGUCUUCAAAAACCUCAAGCUCUUCAUGGAGAACAAGCAGCCAGGAGACGACCUGUUCGACCGCCUGAGUACCGGUACACUGAAUAAACACCUGAGCUCUCUGAUGCCUGGACUGACGGCCAAGGUUUUUCGAACAUACAACGCCUCCAUCACCCUGCAGCAGCAGCUGAAGGAGCUGUCCAACAUGUCAGACAGCACGGCGGAGAAGCUCCUUUCCUACAACCGGGCAAACCGUGCGGUGGCCAUCCUGUGUAACCAUCAGCGCGCGCCGCCCAAGAGCUUUGACCAGUCCAUGGCCAAUCUGCAGUCUAAGAUUGACACCAGGAGGGAGCAGAUGGCCCAGGCCAAACGUGAGCUGAAGCAGGCCAAGAAGGACGCCAAAGAGAGCUCAGACCCCAAGCUCAUGACUGUGUUGGAGAAGAAGAGGAAGGCUGUGGCCCGCUGCAAGGAGCAGCUUUUGAGGAUGGAGGUGCAGGCCACAGACAAGGAAGAGAACAAGCAAAUUGCCCUGAGCACCUCCAAGCUAAACUACCUGGACCCACGCAUCAGUGUGGCCUGGUGUAAGAACUUAGAUGUGCCACUGGACAAGGUCUAUAACAAGACCCAGAGAGACAAGUUCGCCUGGGCCGUCCACAUGACGGAGAAGGACUUUGAGUUCUGAAGUGGGACUCUCCAGGAUGCAGCACUUCAUCAAAUGUUUCUGGUUGUUCAGGCAUUUUCGUUUUUAGAAAGUCAUGUUUUUAACAAUAUUUUAACAUCUUCUCAUUGUUAGCACUUGUUGGUUUUACUUGUUUUAACCUUGAUGUUUUCCUCAAACAUUUUUGAAUAAAGCUGCUUGUUCAAAGGCA